AUGGAUCGUGUUUUACUAACAUCGUGUCAGGCAGCCGGAGUGAAUGAAAGUGUCAUUUCAAUUCUUGAAGAUGAGGAAGUAUGUAUUAUAAUAACGAUAUUACUGUAAAUCAUUAUAGUGGUUUUUAUCAAAUGAUGAUUGUUUAUAAUUAAACAAGUUGGCGGCCAUUUUGAAUUUCGAUUCCUGGUGAGACCACAGAGUAGAUACAUAUACAGAGUUAUUAUAAUUAGUGUACCCACUAGAGGUGUGCAAAUCCGAUCUAGAUUUGGUCGGAUUUGGGAACAAAACUUUACAUUUUGGAUUGGAUCGGAAUGAUAAAGUUGUUUCGUAGUCUGAUCAGACUUUGAUAUUUGAAAUAAAAUGAAUUAAUUAUCCACUCAUUAUCGCAAGAAUUAAUUAUCCAUGCAUAUUUUGAUAAAGCAUUAUUGCGGUUGUCACCAGGGUUGGGUGGUAUUAAAAAAAUCAUCUCACGAUUAUUGUCAAGGAAAUGAUCACAAUAUUCGAUAAUAUUGUGAUAAAUGCAAUAAAAACAAUGACCACAUGAUCCGAUCCAAUGCACACCUCUAGACCUAGUACCCACUUUUUUGUGCGCAUGCUCUGCAAGUUACUAGAUGCAUGCAUCCCAUUGGAUGGCGGCUCACUUUAAAUUAACUGCUCGUUGAACUUGUGAGUGCACACAGUUGAUCAUUUUUUACACCUGAUGAAAGUGGUUACAUAAAAACUUAGUUUCUGCAUUAGCAUUGAUCAGCAUGUGCUUUCAGCCUACUGUUUAUGCUGUCGAAAUUCGCCUUGGCUGGCACUCCGUAAAUGCCGAGGCAAGUUACGAUUUUUCAUAGUUAAAAAAUGCCGAGGCAAUUCCACCCGUUGUACCUUAAAUAACAAACUACAGCGUCUGCCGGUUCGGUUUUUUUUUGCUUAGAUUUACAAACUACAGUGUUCGUCUUUUGUAUCACUUUUUUGUUCGAAUUGUUGUCAUUGACGUUGGGUGAACAACAGAAGAUUUCAUUAUUUUAUUCAUAGCUACUUUACAAAAUAUUUAAAUUUGAGCUUUUCAGUGUCGGCUUCGGCUGAAAUAAAGAACAAUCUUGAUGGUUUAAAGACAGCACAUCGAGAAACUUUGUUUUAUCUAUUAGACGCAUGAUUACUAUCAAGUUUAUUCUUGAUGUCGCAUGAUUACUAUCAAGUUUAUUCUUUCAUACUUACUUAAUUACCACUAACAGGAAUUUGUAAAAUAACAACAAAUUGUCAAACAUCAGAAUCUACGCUCGUUAUAAUAUUUGUUUGCAAUAAUUUUUGUACUUUAAUUACAACUGCCGAUGUGAAUGCCGAAGUAAUUGCCGAAGGAAUUUUAGGGAUUUCAUUAUGUGCCCCGGCAAACUCGAAAAUUAUCGAAAGACUUCGGCAACUAUUUGCCAAGGCAAAAAUAGUUGAAUUUCGAGGGUUGGUUUAUGCUGUUUAUGCAUUCUGAAUUCAAUGAUCCAAAAGGCAAUAAAAGUCAAUUUUACUUCUAGUUUGACACUGCUGAUAUUCUCAACAACACAUCAGAUGAUCUUCUCAGGGCUUGCAACAUCAAAGGAGGACAGAUUGUUCGUAUCCGAAAAGCUCUGGAAGAUCUAGAAGUUUGUCAAGUUAGAAUCACUAAUUUAUAUUAUUAA